AUGGUGUUAAAAAAGCAAUCAAAAAAGUUAUUAAUUUUAUACUUACUUCACCGAAGGCACAAACUAGUAAUAAGACCUCACAGAAGAAAGUACUGGGUUCAUCCAAUAUUACAAAAUCGUGAAAAUUUGGGUGUUUACAAAACUUUAUGUAAUGAAUUAAGGUCUGACCCAAAAAAAUUCUUUAAUUUUUUUCGGAUGUCAAUUUCUACAUUUGAUGAAUUACAUGUUACUCUAAAAGAAGAAAUAUCUCGUAAAGAUACAAAAAUGAGGAAAUCUAUAGGAUCCGAAGAAAUGUUGGCCAUUGCUAUAAGGUAA